AUGCUGACCAACGCGCAAAAGACAGCGUACCACCAAGUACAUACAUUAAUCGACAAAGAAAAAAACAAAGUAAUCGUGAUCGACGCGCCAAGCGGAUCCGGCAAAACUUUCCUUCUAUCCACCUUGGCAUCAGCAUACGGCGAGUCGAUACAGUACGCUGUCUUCAGGAAAGAUCAGUCGAGCGAGCUUAUACUAAGGGAGGUCAACGCCUUCACUUACGUGUCUUACAACAUGCGUAAUUUUCAAUUACAGUAUUGCGAAGCGGUCAAUAUAUUUAGAAUUGCUGGUCUAAACAAUAUCGAUGUACUUUACAACCUGAUAUCUUGCACGAAAAAGUUCGUACAUAUCGAUCACGCGAUAAAAGUUAUUAUUCUGGACACGUAUACUAUAACGUCACCGCUAAUGUUGCUAUUAUUGUUUAUACUAUCGUUAAGAAAGAAUAUAACGUUAAUUUUCGCCGGGAAUAGGAUGCAGUUGGCUGCUGUCUCCAAGUCCCAGCUUCAUAACCGGAGCAAUUCUGAUAUACUCGAUAUUCUCGGUGACUCAACGGUAGAUACACUGAUCAAGAAUGUGCGUUCAACUGACACAGAUUUUUUGAAAAAAGUCUCACAUUUCCGCAAAGCGAUUGAUAACUACAGGUCCGAAGGAAAUAUUCCAUUUCACUUCAAUAUACGUUACGAACUGUAUCGUCUUUUCCGAAGCAAAUAUAACCCAAACCUGCAAGAGCGUUUGGAUACUGUUUACAUAGCUCAAUUUCAUCAGGUACUUACGGAACGUUUGCGGCAUAUAAUGGAUAUAUUGGGCCCCAAAAAUUACCACGUGGAACCAUUUUUAAACAUACCCUGUGAGUACGUGAAGGGAGAUAAAUUUUUUCCAGGUUUGCUUCUGGUGAUAGGUUUUAAAUAUGUGCAUAUCACAGCGCGCGGCUUGCAUCUUAUUGUUGUUUUGAAAGAAAUGAUUUUUAUAAAUGGGCAGCUUGAUUCGUUAAUUAUUCGUCACCACGAUGGUAAUGAACAGACGAUCGAACGCUGCAAGCUAAAUAAUUAUCAGAUACUACCAGCCUAUCGCACUUGGUUAAGUGCUUUGAACAAAAAGCAAAAAGAAUUAUGGCAGUUCCCAUUGCGACCCUACAUGUUGACAUAUCAUGCGGCUCUUGGUCGUACGAUCAACGACCCUGUGGAACUCAGUACGAAUUGCUAUAACGCUACCUCUAUCUACGUCGGCCUCUGCUGUCUGGGAUUAGAAUCUAACAUUUACAAAAUUCAUGCCGAUAGAGAUCUUCUAAGUUUCGCGGUGACAGAUUACAUGGAGCAUGAAGAGAAUGAUCAGAAAUAUUAUUAUUAUUAUCCCCCGGACGAUCAGGAUCGUAAGAUAAUUUUAAAUUAUGUUGUCACAAGACAAGCUGAUGAUUACAUGCAGUCAUUGUUGAAGGGAAUCAAUUGGAUCACCGCAAAUAGUAUCGCAGAGUUCGAAAAUUUAAAAAACACUCGCUAUUUACGCAUUCCACGUAGCAUCUAUGAGAAUUCGAAAAAAGUGAAAGACAAGACAACGCCUUCACCGUUGAUGGAGGUUACUAAAUUUGUUAAAGAUAAUCCGAAUUUAAUACGCGAUAUUAUUCGAAAACUACCUAACGAACAUUUUCCUACCGUUCGAAAUGCAAAGAAAAAGGAAUAUAGAGGAUAUCCAUCGUACAUUACUUUAAAAGACGCGUAUAGUACUUGGAUGACACAGCAAAAAGAAAGCAGUAUAUAA